AUUAUAAUAAAUUGAUUAUAACAUAAUAUUGUUGAUAAUAAUCAUGGUAUUAGUGUUGGUGUCGUUACUGGUGGCCAACAUCGCCGCCCUAUUACUCAAACUAAACUGUUGGGUAGCCGUCGGGUCCGGUGCCGGUCUCGUCCUCUAUGUCUUCUACUAUUAUUGGCAUUCAUUCAAACACUUUUAUCUCACAUUUCCGCGCGAUAUUAAGGCCGGUUAUAUCCUAUUGCGGGCGAAGCUCUUCCUAUGGGACUGCAAGAAACACAACAAAUCGGUGCCAAAAGUGUUCAAAGAGAUAGCACUGAAACAUCCAAAUCGUGUCAUGUUU